AUUGCUUUUUCUUUUUCUUUUUCCUUUCUUUUCUUCCUCACCAGCCGCGUGUUUCUGCUUCUGCUUCUCCCUGAUGCUCUGCCCCCCGACCCUCUACACCCGAGAAGCCCCCCAACUACCGCCACCCAUUUUUCGGCCGGAAAUCCGGCAAAGCUUGGGGAUUUCUCCCUAUUUUCUUGUCUUAGAACACCUGUUGAACCCAGAAAAUCCCAGAUCUGCGUCUUCCUCCCUCUGCUAUCCGUCGGCUUCAACUUGUGGGUUUGAAAUUUCUGGGCAUUUUUCGCCGCGAGUUCCCCUGCAGAAUUUCUUCUUCUCUGCCGCCGGCUUCUCCCCCUUGCUAGGUUCAGUUUUGCUUGCUGAAUUCCGAAUUAGCUUAAUUUGAUUGUUGUGAGGUUAAUUGUGUGAAACCCCCGUGAAUUAGCUAUGUUUUGCCAAUUUGGGAGUUGAAGUUACUGUUCACGAUCACUGGGUACUGUUCAUAGGCACUGUUCACACACCGAGGGUCAACGAUUAACGAGGAUUUAAAGGAUUAGUUUGUGAUAUAAGAAUAAGUUUGGAGAUGUCCGGUUAUGUGGAGAUUGAUAGAAAUAGCAUCGAGAUUAGGGGUAGUCCCGAUGAUGAUUUUACUUUGAAUUUAUGGUGGUAUGGUUAUUAAUUGUGGAAUAUUGUGAUUAGGUUUUGAUCGUUCUGUCACCGUAGCAUUUGGGUUAGCCUUCUGUUUUGUGCGAGUGAGGUAAGUAAAUUAUGGUAAAGCCCUUCGAUUUUAAAGCAUGAUUUAAACUGUUUUUGAGAUGGUGGCAAGGUUUAAAUUGAUUUUUAAUUGAUUUUAUCCGCAUCUGAGUGUGAUUAAACUAAAAUGAGAAUUUUGAUGAUUUUCAUGAAAAUUAUUGUUUUCUAGAAGUGAGCAUGAUUGAAAUGAAAAAGUGAGAAUUUCAUUGUUUUUCUGGAGUUAUUGUGCCGAGCAUGAUUGGUUUGAAAUUGAGUGGAGCAUGCCUAUUUGGAACUGACUGAAUUGUUUUGAUUAACUGAGAGUUUUGUAAAUUAUGAUUUUCUGUUAAAUCCAUGCCCACAUGGAAUUUUCCAGUUAUUUCUGAAAUUAUGGAUUUCGAUCGUGAAUUUGGGAUUUUGAUUGUGAAUUACGGAUUUUGAUUGUGAAUUACGGAUUUUGAUUGUGAAUCCUGCAUGGUUUUGUCUCUGAUAUAGUCAUGAUUUUCGAUCCCCGCUAGUGGGUGUGUAGCACAUCCGAUCCCCGCUAGUGGGUAUAACGCUAGCACUUCCGAUCCCCGCUAGUGGGUGUAAUGCUAGCACAUGUCGACAUGUCUACUGAUAUGACCGGUACAUUCCGACGCCUCCCAAUGGGCGAACACAUUGGCAAAUUU